AUGAAGGUCGCGGUCGUCGGUGGAGGCCCUGCAGGCCUCGCCACGCUCAAAUUCCUCUCGCACGCUCACGAGUACUUUCCGAUCCCUCCCAUCGAAGCUCGUCUAUUUGAGAGCGAAAAAGACAUCGGCGGAACCUUUUCUUACCGCGUGUAUGAGGACGCAGAGCUCGUUUCGUCUAAAUACCUAACAGCUUUCUCUGACUUUCGCCUCCCGGAAGAGGCUCCUGAUUUUCUCACUCCUGGUCUCUAUGUUAAAUAUCUUAAAGAGUAUGCCAGCACCUUUGAGCUUUGGGGCAUGGUUGAGCUCCACACUCGAGUCGAUAAGAUCCGACGUGGCCCAAAUGGGGUUGGCCACAUUGUCAGCCUUCACUGUAAGGAUACAGGCAGAUUGACCGAGUGGACAUGCGAUGCCGUUGCUGUCUGUACGGGCAUCAACGUGAACCCCGUCAUUCCCAACAUCAAGGGUGUUGAACGGGUUCCUUCGGUCCUUCACUCUUCCCAGCUGAAGACGCGGGCUCAGUUUGGUGACAACACCAACGUAUAUAUCAUGGGCGCCGGAGAAACCGGCAUGGAUUUGGCAUACCUCGCUGUCACUUCCAAGGCAAAGUCAGUGACUCUCUGUCACAGAGAUGGUUUCUUUUGUGCGCCAAAGAUUAUUCCGAUCCCUAAAGUGAUGGGUCAUUCGAAGGAAGAUCCGAGUGGUCGUCCCAACAAGCCGGUCGACACCUCUGUGGCUAGUCUUUUCGACACAGCCUACGUUCACCCCAAGUUGCAGAGAAGUCAACUUCUCUGGACAUACUAUGAUAGAUGGGUCAAAAAGAUGCACUGGGCCAUCUCUGGAACUGAGGAGGGGCCCGAUCAGUGGGUUGGCCAAAUGAGCACCUCCCGCAAAUACCUCGACUCAAUUCUCCUUUGCAAGUCGGACAAGGCACUCCCCUACAUGAAUGUUGGGAAGCGCUCAACUUCCUGGGUGAACCGCGUGCGGUCCCGUAUUAUAAACGUCCCCCUGCGCGACAACGAUGGCAAGAAGAUCGACGUCAUAACUUGGCCCAAGAGCAUCGACGAGAAUGGGCUGGUGGUCCUUGGCCAGAAGCUUCGAAGCGACUCGGUCCUCCCAGAUGAGCAGCUCAAGCCAGAUGUCAUGGUGUUUGCGACAGGAUACACACGAGAAUUCCCCUUUCUCAACAACGACUACCCCUGUGUUUCUCAGACCAACGUGCGAGGCGUCUACAAAGACGGAGACGUGUCAUUGGGCUUUAUCGGCUUCGUUCGCCCAGCGAUAGGUGCGAUUCCUCCUCUGGCUGAGCUGCAGGCCCAGUUUUGGGUGCUUCGACUUCUCCAGGACCAGUUCCCCAAGGAGGUCCCUCGCCAACUUGGCCCCAACUCUCUUCCCUCAUAUGAUCUAGACUAUCAGCUCCAUCCUCGCGGAAGCUACAACUUUUUCGAAACGAAGCGAGCUGUCGAUCAUGAAAGUUACGCGUACCAGCUUGCACUUGACAUGGGCUCCGCGCCCACUGCCACGUACGUUUUCAAGAAGGGGUUUCGAGUGUUUUUCACUUGGGCAAUGGGGUCGAAUUUCAACACAAAGUUCCGCCUAGUGGGCCCUUGGCAGUGGGAAGAAGGGGCCGAGAAGAUCAUGCGCAACGAGCUCUACCGCGUGGUCAAGCGUUCAGGUGGCUAUGUCUACCUGACAACUUAUACUAUAAUCCCCAUGUUCAUCUUUGGAGCUCUGAGCUUGAUGCUGUAUGGGUGUUUUGGCCUCUGCAACCUCGUUUCUGGUUUGGGGAGACGAGCCAACAAGAAGCCGUCUGCCGCUACACCUGCGGAGAGACAGGCGUAG